GCAGCUCUCUUGAUCGAAGCAACGUGGAUGAGAACUCUGAUUAGAGGGUAGGACUAUAGGAGCCGGAGCGGCGAGUCAAAACCAGGUAAAGUCAAUCAUAUUUAUAGGUAAUUAAUUGGCAUUUAGGGUACUAUGGUUUUCAACUCCAAGUCGACUUUCCUUCUCAGAGCCUAAUAAAAUAGGCAAUUGAUUUAAUUACGAUUUGGUUCGGUCCUUAGUUUGAUUUAUGGUUUCGAUCUGGACUGAACCAAAACCGAAAAUGUUCCAAAUUCAGGAACCAAAAUCGAAUUGAAAGAUAAACAGUUCGAUCUGAUUCGAUGUGAGAGUCGAUUCGGUCCGAUGUGAAUCGAAUCGUUGCCCACCCCUAUCCUCUCGGCCCAUACUCUGGCAGAGCAAAGGUUGGCCCACAUUUCUUCCUUCAGCACUUCGUUUAUUUUUUAAGCUUCUUUCGGUUGGGCUUACCCGCAGGUAAAAAAGAAAUAAAGAAAAGAAAAAACAGGGGCCACGCCGCCGGCCGCGGUAAACGUAAACGUCAACCUAGAUGUGGCUUCGGCCAUGAGCUGGUUGACCUUCAAGAGCACGUUUGGAGCUGACGGAGGAAACGCUUUCCGGUCUGAUGGCCGAUAUUUCGGAUGCCCUUUCAGGCUUUCAGAAUCUCCGAGCUUUUCCCAUCACUCAGUUCCCUUCCUGGGCCGACCGGCCGGGUUCAAAGCUCAUCAGCUCACCAGGAUGCAUCGUGUGAUGAUCGAUGCGUUGCUUGAAGACAGGCCCGGCCCAGACCCUGUGCUGGUCAGACCCAUAGGGCCUCAAAUAUUUGGGGCCUCAUAAUCAAGCCCAUUAUAUUAAACGAGAUUGGAUUGGCUGUGCUCCGCAGCAGGCCACGGUAAAAUUAGGCUCCUUUAUUAAUCCUCAAGCCUGCUAUUACCAAACUUUCCGGAGAAGGUUAGCCCUCAGCUAGGGCUGCAAACGAGCCGAGUCGAGUCGAGUUUUUGCUUAGCUUGAGCUCGGCUCGUUUAUUAAUUUUUCAGCUCGAGCUCGGCUCGAACUCGAAUUUUGAUAAUCCAGCUCGAGCUCGAGCUCGGCUUGAAUAAAAAUAAUCUAGCUCGAGCUCGACUCGGUAGAGCUCGAUAAAUGCUCAUUAACAUAGCUUGUUAAGCUGAGUACAAGCUCGGCUCAAGAUGAGCUCGAUUUAAAAUCAUUUUUGCUGGAAAAAUGUAUAAACAUAAGAAUUUAAA